UCCGUCAGCUGGCCCCUCCACCUAGCCUGUGCGAGAAUCCUGACCGAACGAGCUGCGGAAACGGCACCGCGAGUAGCCCACCGCUGCCGGAAUCAUCGGACUGGAACCAAAAUUAUCUCUCAGAUAAGGGCGUUUUAAGGCUCUAAGAUUCUUAAUUGGAAUUGGAAGCAGCAGGACCAACAACAUCUAUUUAUUUGAGUCUAUUUAUUUAUUAUUUAUUUGGUCGUCCAUUGAUUUUUUUUCGGGCUGUAAUGGCUGGGCUCUCGGGCUGCGGCUGCUAAGCGGCAGGUGCAUUGUCGAGGACAUGUCUGUGUGUGAUGGAUUUCGCCUCGCCACUGAGAUGAUGGAUCUGCCGGAGCCGACCGGAAUUCACCUCAUCCACAAACGAGCCUUCGAUGGUUAAGCACCACUCCGUUGAACCGCCACGAUGAUGGAACUACAGUUGGAUGAGGUGGUGUACCAGGAUGACUACGGCUCCGUAUCCGUGAUGUCGGAGCGCGUGUCAGGCCUGGCCAACAGCAUCUACCGGGAGUUUGAACGCCUUAUUCACAGUUAUGACGAGGAGGUGGUAAAGGAGCUUAUGCCUCUGGUAGUGAACGUUCUGGAGAACCUGGAUGCGGUAUUGACAGAGAACCAGGAGCACGAGGUCGAGGUAGAGCUCCUGAAGGAGGAUAACGAGCAGCUCAUCACGCAAUACGAGCGCGAGAAAGCGCUCCGCAAACAGGCAGAAGAGAAAUUUAUAGAGUUUGAGGAUGCUUUGGAGGCAGAUAAGAAGGACCUACAGAGACAGGUGGAGUUCCUUGAACUGCAGGGAAAGCAACUUGAAGUCAAGAGCAAGAACUAUGCCGACCAGAUAUCUCGACUGGAAGAGAGGGAAGGUGAAAUGAAGAAAGAGUAUAAUGCCCUACACCAGCGUCACACAGAGAUGAUCCAGACGUAUGUGGAACACAUCGAGCGUUCCAAAAUGCAGCAGGCUGGAAGCAACCAAUCAGAGAGCACAGGCAGCCGAACUCACCGCCACAACAACUGGAGGAAAAGUAAAGCGGAGCGUCCUCCAUCGCUGAGCCUGUACCCCUGUGGGGAUGGGAUGGUACGUGGGGGUGCCGGGGGGGUGAGGAUGCUGCCUGACUGGCAGGGUGGUGACCUCGGUCGGCACAGCUUCACGUCCGGCUACCAGGACGGAUCAGAGUCAGAUUCCGUAGCUGCGACCCCUAGCAGCGGCGGUAGCAAGUCCAACACGCCCACCUCCUCGGUGCCCUCGGCCUCAGUGACCCCCCUAAACGAGGUGCUGGUGUCGGCCGGAGAGUUGGAUGGCCACCGGGGAAGGGGCAGGAAGAGUGCCAAACGACUCAGCAGGAACAUGGAAGUUCAGGUCUCCCAGGAAACCAGGAACGUCAGCAUUGGUAUGGGCAGCAGUGAUGAGUGGUCUGAGUUCCAGGAGAUCAUUGACUCUACUCCAGAGCUGGACAUGUGUGUGGAUCCACGAGUCUAUGGAGGAGGAAACAGUCCAUCUCAGGGCAUAGUGAACGAGGCCUUUGGCAUCAACACUGACUCCCUCUAUCACGAGAUCAAAGAUGCCAAGUCCGACAUCAUUGGCGACGUGGAUGCAGGCGCCGAGCUGCUUGGGGAGUUCUCAGUGCGAGAUGAUUUCUUCGGGAUGGGGAAGGAGGUGGAGAAUCUGCUGACAGAAAACAAACAGCUACUGGAGACAAAGAAUGCCCUGAACAUUGUGAAGAAUGACCUCAUAGCUAAAGUGGACGAGCUCUCAUCUGAGCAAGAAGUGUUGCGGGAGGAACUGGAGGCAGUCAAACAGUCCAAGAACAAAGUGGACGCCAGGGUCAAAGAGCUGGAGGAGGACCUUAAGAGGCUUAAGGCAGAGGCUCUAGGAGCGUCUCAGGAUUCAAAGGAUGAAGGUGGAGAAGAUUACUCGUCCCCGCUGCAGGACGGCGACGUGGCCAUUGCCCAGCGGCGGCGCUUCACGCGCGUGGAGAUGGCGCGCGUCCUCAUGGAGCGCAACCAGUACAAAGAGCGGCUCAUGGAGCUGCAAGAGGCCGUGCGCUGGACCGAGAUGAUCAGAGCAUCGAGGGAGAACCCUCAGAUCCAGGAGAAGAAGAAAUCUACCAUCUGGCAGUUCUUUGCACGUCUCUUCAGCGCCUCCUCCAGUCCUCCUCCUGUGAAGAGACCCUACAGCAGCGUCAACAUCCACUACAAGUCCCCCUCGCCGGCCAGCUUUAACCAGAGGCGCUCCCACACCAUGUGCCAGAUCUCUACGUCCAACCGCACACUUGAGUUCUUCCCCGAAGACGACUCGGCGCUGUCGGUGAGGCGGGAGCAGCGGGAGCAGUACCGGCAGGUGCGCGAGCACAUGCGCCGGGACGACGGGCUCAUGCAGGCCUGCGGCUGGAGCGUGCCGCCCCGAUACAAACAGGUACCGCUCGCACCCGAGACCAGAACCCAGAACCAACCUCACACCCGACCCGAGCCGACCACAACACCUGAGACCGGAACAACCGCGCCCCAGGCGGAAGGCACGCAGGACAGCCCCCUGAAGAGGCAGCAGGCCAAUGAGAAGGAGGACAACCGCAUGAAAAACGUGCCAGUGCCUGUCUACUGCCGCCCCCUAGUGGAGAAAGAUCCAAACAGGAAGCUGUGGUGUGCAGCAGGGGUUGAUUUGACUGGCUGGAAGACGGCCAAUCAGGACGCAGUACCUGCAAAGGCUCCAGCCAAUGGCGCUGACCCACUGACAGCAGAGGAGGAGGGAGGCGAGAACAAGAGCGAGCACAGCUCACCGGAGAAGAAAAAGCCUAAGGAGCUGCAUGAGAUGGACUCUAUGAGCAGCCGCGUGUGGAUCCUGACCAGCACUCACUCGGGCAGCAAGGUGGUCAUCAUAGAUGCCAACCAGCCCGGCUCACUGGUCGACCAGUUUAAUGUGUGUAACGCUCAUGUGCUGUGCAUUUCCAGCGUGCCAGCUGCCAGUGAUAGUGAUUACCCAGCAGGUGAGAUCUUCCUGGAGCAGCAGCAGCAGCCACAGCAGGGUGAGGGCAGCAAAGAGGAGAGUGGUGGGGUGGAGGGCAUGUUAGCAGGCAUCACUCUGGUGGGCUGUGCCACCAACUGCAGCGUAGUGCGCAGCAACUGCUCCUCACGCACUGACACACCUGUCCUGGACAAAGGACAAGCCCCCACAGCUCCGGUGCUAAGCAGCAGGUUGGCCGUGUCCCAGUCGGCUGAGGAGGCCACCGAGGCCACGGAGGUGCCAGAGGAGGCGGGGCCUAACGAGGAAGGGGAAGAGCCCACUCAGACAGGGCCAUUUACCGAGCACGUCUUUACCGACCCACAUACGCAUAGCACAGACAACAACACAAACAGCCAUGAUGGUGGCCAGAAAGAGGAGGUGAACUCAGCUCCUGCAGACUCCCAGGAGGGGGGAGAUGAUCGCGCCGGGACCAGUGUAGCCCCCACUAUGUGGCUUGGAGCCCAGAAUGGCUGGCUCUAUGUGCAUUCCUCUGUGGCCAACUGGAAGAAGUGUCUUCACUCCAUUAAACUCAAAGACUCUGUGCUCAGUCUAGUGCAUGUCAAAGGUCGAGUCUUAGUCGCACUGGCAGAUGGAACUUUGGCCAUUUUCCACAGGGCAGAGGAUGGACAGUGGGAUUUGUCCAACUACCACCUGAUGGACCUGGGCCGGCCCCACCAUUCUAUCCGCUGCAUGGCCGUGGUACACGACAAGGUGUGGUGCGGCUACAAGAACAAAGUCCACGUCAUCCAGCCAAAGAGUAUGCAAAUAGAGAAAUCCUUUGAUGCCCACCCACGCAGGGAGAGUCAGGUGAGACAGCUAGCGUGGAUCGGUGAUGGCGUUUGGGUAUCCAUCCGUUUGGACUCCACGCUGCGCCUGUAUCAUGCCAUCACCCACCAGCACCUGCAGGACGUUGACAUCGAGCCUUAUGUCAGCAAAAUGCUCGGCACAGGGAAACUGGGCUUCUCCUUUGUACGCAUCACAGCUCUCCUGAUUGGAGGAAACCGUCUGUGGGUGGGGACGGGGAACGGUGUGAUCAUUUCAAUCCCUCUGACUGAGACGGUAGUCCUUCAUCGAGGACAGCUCCUUGGUCUGAGGGCGAAUAAAGUGUCUCCCACCUCUUCGGGGGGCGUGAUCCAUGUGUAUGCCGAUGACAGCGCAGAGAAGAGUAACGGAAGCUUCAUUCCCUACUGCUCCAUGGCCCAAGCACAACUGUGUUUCCAUGGCCACCGAGAUGCCGUCAAGUUCUUCGUGUCUGUUCCAGGCAAUGUGUUGGCCACCCUUAAUGGCAGUGUGUUAGAUAGCCCGUCAGAGCCUCAGGGGUCCUCAGCUCCCGCAGAGACGGAAGCCCAGAGUGUGCAGAAUGUACUGGUGCUCAGUGGAGGGGAGGGCUACAUCGACUUCCGCAUCGGUGACGGAGAGGACGAUGAGACAGAGGAAGGGGAGGGUGGCGCCCCUCAGAUGAAGCCAGCGUUGUCGAAAGCCGAGAGGAGUCACAUUAUUGUGUGGCAGGUGUCCUACAUCCCAGAGUGACAAGACCCCCACCCUCUAUCCCGCUUCAUCCCACCCUGUAACUACCCAUGAUUUCCUGUAACUACCCUGUACCACGUUAUGAUGGCCCAGUGCCCUGUAACUAUACCCCCCUAUCCUGUAACUACCUCCCCGAUGCCUUGUAUGUACCCCAUUUAUCCUGUAAGUACCCCCUUACUGCAUUGUAACUACCCUCCAAAUCCUGUACCUACUGUAAGCUCUGUAACUACCCUUUGGCUCCUCUAUCUAGUCCUCGGCACAUUUUAACUACACCCUCAUUUACCAAUGCCCUAUACCUUGUAUGUAUUGAUUCUGGUGGGAAACCAGUCCCCAAAGCACUGCUAAAUCUCCCUUACUUCUCAGAACCUUUGUAUUCCAAACUACUACAGCUGAAAAAAGCCC